AUGACGGGUAGAGACAGAAUCAGUGAGUUGCCAGGCAAUGUUGUGGAGCACAUCCUGACGUUUUUGCCCCUACGAGAAGCAGCGAAGACAAGUGUUCUGUCAAGUGAAUGGCUGAACAUUUGGAUGAACAUGCCCUCCCUUGUUUUCGAUGACAAAUUUGGUAUGGUAGUGAACCCAGUUGCAGGGGAACUAGCAUCUGCUGCCAACAGAAAACUGAUGCUGAACGUUUUCUACGUCCUCAUGCGCCACCGUGCUUGCCUGACAAACUUCUCCCUCUCGAUCCCGGACCUAAGAAGCGCGUUUCCCGACCAUCGGAUCGGCCAGAUCAUCGGCUCUCUGACCGACCGACGCAUCGAGUCCCUGUCCAUUGACAUCAAAGACUAUGUGCUGCCGAGGUGCAUUUUCUCCUUCGCCGGGCUCAAGAACUUGAAACUGUGUGGCUGCCAGUUCAGAUCCUCCAACGUGGCGUUCGACAGCGCUGAGCUCGAUGUUCUCGAGCUUCGAGGUUUGGCAGUACCCAAAAUUGGCGGUGGUGAAGAAGCUCGUUUCAGCUUUAACUGCCCGUCGCUUUCUGCAUUGACCAUGGUAGGCUGCGGCGAUUUUAACGACAAGAUCAGCAUCGUCAUCGAGGCUCCUAAACUCGAAUAUUUUCGUGUCGCGGGGAGCUUCAGCUUGCUGGAGUUCAAGCAUACUCCACUCCUCAAAAAUGUGCAUGUUCAUCAAGAUAUCAGCUUCGUCGAGGACAAAGGAUACUUUAACUUGUCGAGAUUUAAAGACGGCCUUCCAGCAGUGGAGCAGCUUUCUCUGUCUGGUUAUUUCUACAGCGUAAGAACUUCAAUUGGCAGGCAACUGGGUAGACGAAUUGAAUUCUUCUGA